UGUUACAUCAAUUUUUGUUUUUGACAUCGAUCGCUUCAAAUUUGUGUUGUCACGGUGAUACCCUUUUGUUCAAUUUCCUUCAUUUUGACAAUUAGAGACUCUACAUGCAUAUAUAAUCUAUAAGUUGAAUUUUAUAAAAAAAAAAAUAGCUUAUAGUUUUGUAUAUAUAAUUUUUUUUUGUACACCCUAGUGCUGUUAUUGAAUCAUUUAGUCAUUUAAGCUGUGUUAAGAAGUAAAUAGUAAAAUUAUCUUAUAAGUUAUAACUAUGUCUAUUAUAUGUUCCCCUUCUUGUGAUUAUUGUUUUAAGCUGUGAAGAAAGGAUCCUAGACAAUCCUAGAAUCCCAGUUGUAUUUUAGGUUUUACUAGGAUCAGGGCUCAUCCUGUUUCAAUCUCUGAAGCAAGGACAACGGACACUGACACGCUGAAACCGAUAAUAAUUUGAGAAAAUUACAUAAUUCAAUGCAAUCAUAUGUGUCGGUGUUUGACACCAAUGUGUAUCCGACACCAAGACACAUCUAAUCUGAGGAGUGUUUGUGCUUCAUAGCUUCUGAUAAAAGAGCUAUUGAACUUUUUCAAAGCAUGGCUCUCUCUGGUGAUCAUAAAAACAGAGGAGAGUUGAGGAUUUUUGACAGUGUAGAUGAGGUGAAAACUGUUUUGGCUGAGUACAUUAAUCAAAUGUCGGACGAAGCUGUGCAGGAUCAUGGAUUCUUUGCCCUCGCUAUAUCUGGUGGUUCUCUCAUUGAUUUAAUGGGAAAACUCUUGCAACCUCCUUAUAAUAAGACAGUGGACUGGACCAAGUGGUAUAUCUUCUGGGCUGACGAGUGUGUUGUCUCGAAAAAUCACGAGGAUAGCAGUUUUAAGCAUGCUAAAGAAGUCUUUUUGUCUAAGGUGCCUAUUGUCCCAAGCCAUGCAGUUUCUAUUAACGAUUCUGUGUCAGCAGAAGAAGCAGCUGAUGAUUAUGAGUUUGUCAUCCGACAGUUAGUAAGAACCCGUGUUGUCAACGCAUCUGAGAUUAGUGACUGCCCAAAAUUUGAUCUCAUUCUGCUUGAAUUGGGUACUGAUGGUCAUGUUGCCUCUUUAUUUCCUAAUCACCCAGCACUCGAUGAAAGAGAAGAAUGGGUAACCUUCAUCACUGACUCCCCUAUACCCCCACCUGAGAGAAUCACAUUCACUUUGCCUGUUAUCAAUUCUGCAUCCAAUGUAGCGGUGGUCGCAGCAGGUGAAAGCAAAGCAGAUGCUGUACUGUUGGCAGUAGAUGAAAUUGGACCUGAUUGCCCGUCAAUACCGGCAAGAAUGGUCCAACCAGCUAACGGGAAGUUGGUGUGGUUUUUGGAUAAACUGGCUGCCACAAAACUCGAAGACUCCGACUUGAACAAUUAGUAUAUGAAGUCCCUUGCAGAGAUCUAAUUUUGUAUGUAUUGUUGAGGGAUUUGACAAAUGUUUGAUCCUAAGAUCCUGCUUAUUUAUCUUCUCUUGGAUAGAAAGUCUUUGUUUUACCUUUUUUGUUCGGAGAAGUUGAGAGCAUUAUUCCAAUUUCCUCUUUUCCUUUCAAAACCUCAUUGGGUUAUUGGUUAUGAAGAUGAUGGCUCUUUUGUUUCAAACUUAAAUAGAAAAAAUAUACUUUUUCUUUUGCCGUUUGUGGCUAUUGAUGCAUGCAA